UCUGUUUAACAAUUGCGGGCAGUGCAUUAGUAUCCAAUUUAAUUUGAAAAGUUUACAGUGAAACUAAUGAAGGGUUUCAGAAAAUAAUAAAACAUUUUACUCACAACUUUAAAGGAAAAAAGUCUCAAAAAGCACGCUCUGGAAUAUAUGUUUUAACGGCCCGAACAGCUGUCAGGCUUCAAGGAGAAUCCCAGCCCAGGACAACCAAAGGACCUUAGAUGUUCCCAGGGCACACAGACAGCCCCACUUACAUGAGGACAUAAAUCGCGAUCACACACACACUCGCACACCUCUUAGUGACGCAGCCACGGCCUUCAAAUGAAGAUGGCAUCUCAACGCUUCUGCCUUCGGUGGAACAACCAUCAGAGCAACCUGCUGUCCGUCUUCGACCAGCUGCUCCACGCAGAAACUUUUACAGAUGUGACGCUGGCCGUCGAGGGUCAAUACCUAAAGGCACACAAGAUGGUGCUAUCCGCCUGCAGUCCUUACUUCAAUGCACUGUUCGUAAAUCACCCGGAAAAGCAUCCGAUUGUCAUACUAAAGGACGUACCCUACUCGGACAUGAAAUCACUGUUGGACUUUAUGUACAGGGGCGAGGUCUCAGUGGACCAGGAGCGACUUACCGCAUUCCUGCGCGUGGCCGAGAGCCUGCGCAUCAAGGGCCUCACAGAGGUCAACGACGACAAGCCCUCCCCGGUGGCGGCCGCAGCAGGAGCGGGGGCGACGGCUUCCGAGAACACGCCCACUCCACCCCAGCUGCAGCGCAUCCAGCCGUACUUGGUGCCCCAACGGAACCGAUCGCAGGCUGGCGGACUGUUGGCUAGUGCCGCCAAUGCCGGAAACACCCCCACCCUGCCGGUGCAGCCGUCGCUGCUCAGCUCGGCUCUAAUGCCCAAGCGAAAGAGGGGCAGGCCCCGCAAACUAUCAGGCAGUUCGAAUGGCACGGGGAACGACUAUGACGACUUUGAUCGCGAGAACCUCAUGAACGACUCCUCCGAUCUGGGCAACGGCAAAUUGGGCAAUGAAUCCUUCUCCGGAAAUGAUGAUGGCUCCGAUGACAAUCAGCAGAAUGUAGGCCACGCCGAUGAUCUGAAUGAAAGUCGCGAUUCUCUACCACCGAAACGAUCAAAGAACGCCAAGGAUCACCGCACUGUAAGCCAGCACGAGGACAACAGCACUUCCGAUGGCAACGACAGCGACGGCGAAGGUCUGGACACUUCUUAUAUGGAACCUCAACUCAUGCUGGACGAAUACGAUGAGCCCGUUGAGUUUAAGUACAACCCGCUCACCGAAAACAGCUCGCCCACGCAGGACCACACGGAUGGCAGCCACAUCAACGAGCAGGCGCGUCAACAGGCCUUCCUCAUCGCCGCCCAAAGGAAGCAUCAAGCGGACACAGCUGCAGCGGCAGCGGCGGGUGGCGGUCUCAAGCUUAACAUUAUCGGGAUGGCGGCAGGAGGGGCGCAGGUGAAGAGCAUGGUCAGCAUACCCAAGUUGACGCCCAUUGGUAAGGUCAACGCCGCCUCUACGCCACUGGUAUCGCCGGCCGGGUCCUCCUCCAUGGCGUCGGUCAAACCACGCGUUCAGAAAAGGCCCAAACUAGCCAAACAGAACGGCGAUGUCAAGCCGGCCGUGUUUACCAGCCAGGAAUACCUCGACAUUUACAACAGCAACGACGGCUUUAAGUUUAAGGCCGCCGGCCUGAGCGGUAGCACGCCGAACCUUAGUGCCGGAAUGGGAACGCCGUCGGUGAAAACCAAGCUGAAUUUGAGCAGCAACGUGGGCGAGGGCGAAGCGGAGGGCUCUGUGAGGGACUACUGCACCAAAGAAGGAGAGCACACAUACCGCUGCAAGGUCUGUUCCCGCGUCUACACGCACAUCAGCAACUUCUGCCGGCACUAUGUGACCUCUCAUAAGCGCAACGUGAAGGUGUACCCGUGUCCCUUCUGCUUCAAGGAGUUCACGCGCAAGGACAACAUGACGGCGCACGUGAAGAUCAUCCAUAAGAUCGAGAAUCCGUCGACGGCGUUGGCCACAGUGGCGGCAGCGAAUUUGGCCGGUCAGCCGCUGGGCGUUUCUGGGGCUUCGACGCCUCCGCCGCCGGAUCUGAGUGGCCAGAACUCAAAUCAGUCGCUGCCCGCCACCAGCAAUGCGCUCUCCACCUCCUCCUCCUCGUCGACGUCCUCGUCUAGCGGAUCCCUGGGACCGCUGACGACGUCCACAGCCCCGCCAGCUCCAGCAGCUGCGGCGCAGUAAUCUCCGGACACCUCACUUUAAGCCCAAAAAAGCACUAACUCAAAGAAAAAGUGGAGAUUGAGGCAGUCGCUAACAAUUAGAGGAAGCAUACUGCAGCGCCAGGCGCUCUUCGGGAUUAAUUUGUUGUUGGGAAGGGGAGCAUUAGAAGUUAAAGUAGAUUUUUUGUUGAUUUUGUUUUUAGUUUUUUACUUGGCUUCGAUGGAUGACGGAAAUCUCCGGAGCCAGCAGACGUUUUUAUGUUGUGCAAUUUACUUCUUCAGUUACAAUUACAAUAAUUUUUUGGACCCCUUUUUAAAGACCCGAUCUGAACGCAAUGCUUAUCUAAUCCUACCAACUACCCCUAAGAUUUACGAUUAUUAUUUAUCCCCGACCGAUGACUGCGUGUCGAUCGUUCUUCAUUAGCGCGUAGUACAAGACCCAAAAUCAAAUAAUUUUUGUGGCUUAAACUUUACAAACCCAUCCAUUAGGUUGCCUUUUUAUUGGACACCAGAGCGGCCUUAUAUGCGAAGUGUAUCCCGGCAAGAGUUACACUAAAAACCGAAACUAAACCUGCACUUUUAGAUAAUUUAACUAUAUAUACACACAGAUAUGUUAUUAAUAAUUAUAUACAUAAUAUAUAAAAACAUUGAAUGGUAUGUCUAGCUGUAGUUCUAUUAAUUAAUUUAUCAUUAUCACUAUGUUCGAUACGCUAAUGUUAAUGCUAUACAAAUAUUGCAAGCCGAAAUCAGAAAACGAAAAGAGGAGAAUCUAUGUAAUAUUAAUCAUGCGAGAGGGAGCGCAGAUCUACCUUGUUGCCUUCAAAUGAAGCUAGUUAAAAGUUAAAACCGGGUCUGGGCCAAGGUCGUUUGACCCCCAGCACCCGCUCACCCACACACUUCCCCCGUAACAUCCGAAAUCCGGCGAAAGAUUUAAAAUGUUUCGUCGGAAUCGUCGAUAAAGUGUAACUACAAAUAGUAACAGCAACAAUAGUUGUAAUGAUAAAGCUAAUAUUAGUGAGCAUAACGUAAACCUAAUUUAUCAUCUAUAAACGAUUUAUGUUGUAUAUCGGAGGCUUAAAUUAUCGCCAAAGAAAAUGAAAAACAAAAGAAAUGAUAAACAAUAUGCAGUUGAAAUUCAACAGUAAAAACAGAGCAGCAGCAGCGCCCGUAGUAAAAAAAACAGUGUAAAAUGGCAAAAUAUUGUUGUCAAUGCGAAACGAUCUCCAAACAAAAUAAAGCUCUUGAAAAGUAGACAAGUAAUUCCUCAAGUCAUGUGAAACGUUCAAAUUUGUUGCAAUUCGAGAACUAAGAGAUAUAAAAAUAUUCAAAUACCCAAAACUGCAUUACAAAACUGACAGAAAAAAAUGAAACAAAAUUAAGCGCAAUCAAAUAAUAAACAAGCUGCGUACGCUAACUUAUUAAAUAAUUUUUGUUUUUAAUUCUUUAUUUAGUGGUAGCUAGUGCAAUUUAGUCAGUAAGCCGCCGUCUCCCAAACACCGACUAAUGACCAUCGCAAAUAUAUAUUUCCACCCAAUCGAUCUAAUCUUCUCUUUUGGCGUUAAUUUUAAACAAUCAAUCAAACACACCAUGCAUAUUUAUUUGUGUGUAUGCUGUUUGUACUAUAUUUUACUUUAUUUUUAAACUACUUUUUUAUAUGAAUAUAUUUAUAUAUAUUUUUGCAUUCAACAACUAUACACCUUCAGCAAUUUUCUCGCUUUCAAACAAAAAUGUCCAAACUCGAAACCUGAACGAGGAAAAUAGCUACAUAAUAGAGAGUCAUGCUUUGAUGCCCAAAGAAAAUGAAGAAUAAGAAUCGUAAUACAAGGCAAAACUUCCAUGUGAGAAUGAGAAAAUUGUCUGGAAUUGUUGGUAAACAUGGUUUCCGUUUAAAUUAGCUAAUUACGAGACACACACUUUACGAAAUAUCGUAUGAUACGUUAAACAUAAUUACUAAAUAGUGAAUCACACGCAAUAUUAAUCAAGCAGAACAUUUAUAUAUUAUCGUUUAAAACUGACCAACAGAAGAAAAAUAAAAUACACAAUGCAAAAAACACUCAAUAGAAAUUCAGUUCUGAAACACAAAA